CUAUAGAUUUUGAAGACCUUGACAUUUGACGGCCAGCACGGAAUGCAAUGGAGAGCUCGGAAUCAAUUAGAAGAUUUGGAGUCCAUAGACGACCUGGCCAUACUCGCCCAUACACACGAACAAAUGCAGAUGAUGAUAACUACUGUAGCAGCAGCCUCUGUAUUAGUAGGCCUCAAUAUACACGAAGGAAAAACCAAGAUCCUCAAACACAACACGGAGAACACCAACCCAGUCACACUUGAUGAAGAAACUCUGGAAAAGGCGGAAACAUUCAAAAAUCUGGUUAAUAUCAUCGAUGAACGAGGAGGAUCUGAUGCAGAUGUAGGGGCAAGGGUUGACAAGGCAAGGACAGCAUUCCUACAAUUGAAGAACAUAUGGAACUCAGAACAACUGUCAAACAACAUCGAAGUCAGAAUCUUCGAUACGAACGUCUAGACAGUUCUAUUAUACGGAGCUGAAACUUAGAGAACUGCCACAACCAUUGUCGAAAAAG